AUGCACAAGUACAAUCCCUGGUUCUGUUUCCUCUCGCAAUUCGCCGAAGGAAGCUUGUGUUCAUUUCCUGGCGAUGUGGGGGACAGUUGGGGACAAAUCGCUUCUCCUAAGCCGAAGCUACAUGCUUCAGCAGCUUGUCUUAAAGACUCAGGACAUUGUUCAAAAGACAAUGCCAUAGCAGUUGAUGGUGAUCAGGAACCCCGGGUGGCACAACAGGAUCACAGCACCACUGAGCUCUUAAGUGAAUGCUCAAGUCAAGUUAACUUUCCAAAGCUUACUAGUAACAAGGACGCUACUAGGUGA